AUGACUCGUCCUUUCGUUCGUCUGCAGCACACCUCCAAGCCUGUCUCUGCUCAGGUCUUCAAGCCUUUGGACACAUUCCCUCGUCGUCACAUCGGCCCCGAUGCUAGCGAAGCCGACGCCAUGUUGAAGCAGGUUGGCGCUAAGGAUAUCGACGAAUUGUUGGCCAAGGCCAUCCCUCCUUCCAUUCGAUCUCCCAAGCCUUUGGCCUUGAGUGAGGGCAUGCCUGAACGCGAAUUGUUGAAGCGUCUCAAGUCUAUUGCUUCCAAGAACAAGGUCUAUCGUUCGUAUCUCGGUAUGGGCUACACGGAUACUGUUGUUCCUAACGUUAUCCUCCGUAAUGUGUUGGAGAACCCUGCAUGGUACACACAGUAUACGCCUUAUCAGCCAGAAAUCUCACAGGGUCGUUUGGAGUCGUUGUUGAACUUCCAGACUAUGGUAUCGGAUAUGACAGGCUUGCCGAUCGCCAAUGCAUCCCUGCUGGACGAAGGCACAGCUGCAGCUGAAGCCAUGCUUAUGUGCUGGCAAACGGGCCGCCGCAACAAGAACACGUUUAUUGUCGAUGAGAACUGCCACCCACAGACGAUCGCCUGUCUGAAGACCCGUGCUGAAUCAUUCAAGAUCAACGUUGUCGUUGCUGAUGUGUUCAACUUCAAGUUUGAUGAGCACAAAAAGGAACUGUGCGGUGUGUUGCUGCAGUAUCCCAACACACGUGGCACUGUACAUGACUACGAGGCAUUGACGUCCACCGUGCAUGCUGCCGGCGGUCAAGUCGCCGUGGCAACCGACCUGAUGUCAUUGGCCAUGCUCAAGGCUCCUGGAGAGUUUGGUGCUGAUAUGGCUUUGGGUAACAGUCAGCGUUUCGGUGUCCCACUUGGCUUUGGUGGUCCCCACGCCGCAUUCUUUGCAUGCAAGGAAGACCAGAAGCGUCGCAUGCCUGGUCGUAUCAUUGGUGUAUCCAAGGAUGCCAAUGGCAAGCCCGCCCUCCGUCUUGCUUUGCAAACCCGUGAGCAGCACAUUCGCCGUGAAAAGGCCACUAGCAACAUUUGCACUGCUCAGGCUCUUCUUGCCAACAUGUCUGCCAUGUACGCCGUCUAUCACGGUCCCGAAGGUAUCAAGUCCAUUGCCGAACGCAUCCACGGCAUGACCUCAGUCUUAGCUCAGGGCGUCCGUGAAUCUGGCUAUGUCAUUGAAAACGACGGUGCAUUCUUCGAUACCCUCUCCAUCAAGGUCGACAGCGCCGCAGCCAUUGUCCAAAAGGGUCUCGACAAGCAAAUCAACUUGCGCGCCCUCAACGCCCAAACUGUCUCCAUAACCUUGGAUGAAACUGUGGGCCAAAAGGACAUUGUUGACUUGUUGAGUGUCUUUGCCAAGGGAAACGCACCCGUCAAUCUGGAGCAGGUUGUCGCCAACGCCGCCGCCUCGUCUGAAUCCAUGAUCCCUGUUCAGCUCAAGCGUACCUCCGCCUACUUGACCCACCCCGUCUUCAACACUCACCACUCGGAAACCGAGAUGGUCCGUUACAUCCACCACCUUGAGAGCAAGGAUUUGUCGCUCGUCCACUCAAUGAUUCCUCUUGGAAGCUGCACCAUGAAGCUCAAUGCCACCACCGAAAUGGUCCCCGUCACCUGGAGCGAGUUUGCCAACAUCCAUCCAUUCGCACCCACCGAUCAGACCGAAGGUUACCGCAUCAUGUUGGAGGAAUUGGAAAAGGAUUUGGAAGAGAUUACUGGCUUUGAUGCUGCCUCGUUGCAGCCCAACUCUGGUGCUCAGGGUGAAUAUGCUGGACUGCGUGCCAUUGGUGCCUACCACGCUGCUCGUGGAGAGGCUCACCGCAAUGUUUGCUUAAUCCCCAUCUCGGCUCACGGUACCAACCCUGCCUCUGCUGCCAUGGCCGGUAUGGACGUUGUCAUUGUCAAGUGCGACGACAAGGGUAACUUGGAUAUCGCUGAUUUGAAGGCCAAGGUUGAAAAGAACAAGGACAAGUUGGCUGCUAUUAUGAUCACUUACCCCUCGACCUUUGGUAUCUUUGAACCCGGCGUUGUCGAGGCCUGCAACCUUGUCCACCAGCACGGUGGUCAGGUUUACAUGGACGGUGCCAAUUUGAAUGCCCAGAUUGGCUUGACCAAGCCCGCCGAGAUUGGUGCUGAUGUGUGCCACAUGAACUUGCACAAGACUUUCUGUAUACCCCACGGUGGUGGUGGUCCUGGUAUGGGCCCGAUUGCCUGCAAGUCUCAUCUUGCGCCUUACUUGCCUGGUCACCCCGUCGUUGCAACUGGUGGUCAAAACGCAAUUGGUCCUGUCUCGGCUGCUCCCUAUGGCUCCGCUUCGAUCUUGCCUAUUUCGUGGUCGUAUGUCAAGUUGAUGGGUCGUGAUGGUAUGACUGACGCUACCAAGGCUGCCUUGCUCAACGCCAACUACAUGCUUAGCCGUUUGUCGUCCCACUACGAUGUCGUGUAUACCAACGAGAACGGCAUGUGUGGUCACGAGUUCAUUGUCGACAUCCGUCCCUUCGUUCCCAAGGGUAUUGAAGCUAUCGAUGUUGCCAAGCGUCUGCAGGACUACGGUUUCCACAGCCCAACCAUGUCCUUCCCUGUCACCAACACGCUCAUGAUUGAGCCUACCGAAUCUGAAAGCAAAGCUGAGCUCGACCGCUUCUGUGACGCCAUGAUUGCCAUUCGCAAGGAAAUCGAACAAGUGAUUGAAGGCGCUGUGCCCAAGGACAACAACGUGCUCAAAAAUGCCCCUCACUCUCUCGAAAUCAUGAUGAGCGACAAGUGGGAUAAGCCUUACAGCCGCGAGUCGGCCGCCUUCCCUAUGCCUCACCUCCGCAGCAACAAGUUCUGGCCUUCGGUCUCGCGUGUUGACGAUGCCUAUGGUGAUCGUAACUUGAUGUGCACUUGCCCAUCGCCUGAAGAAUACCUCGACGAGUAA